AUGCAGAUCUACGCGAACUCGGUCCCACUUGAAAAAAAUCUGAUCGAAUUCGCCGCGUCCGAACCCGGCACUGCGUCUGUCGGCACCGUUCUCAUCCUGUACACUGGUGGCGCAAUCGGAAUGUGCAAUAAUGAUGGUGUCUAUGAACCAAUGCAGCACUUUCUCACCAGCUAUCUUCUGCGCAUGCCCAUUUUCAAUGACGUGGAGUUUUUCGAAAGAGGCCCAGCAAUAGCUGGUUUCGCUUCGCCAGAAUGGGAGACUCCUCCCACGUCAACGCCUUCCACCGUCUCCAUUCCACUUGCGAUGCCUUUGAACGACCACAAACGUCGCAUUGUGUAUCGAUUGCUGGAGUACGAUACCCUGCUUGACUCCUCAAACUGUUCCAUCGACGUGUGGAUCAACCUCGCACAGGACAUUGAGCGCUUCUACGACGACUUCGAUGGAUUCGUCAUUAUCCAUGGGACCGAUACUCUGCCCUACGCGGCCUCCGCGCUCUCCUUUAUCUUCGAGAACCUUGCAAAACCUGUUGUGAUUACCGGCUCAGAAUUGCCUAUCAGAGAGCUGCGCAGUGAUGGCAGACAUAACUUACUUGGUGCACUUCUGUUCGCCGGUGGUGGUUAUGACAUUCCAGAGGUCACCGUGUACGUUCAAAAUGAGCUGUACCGUGGGAAUCGCGUGGUGAAGGCAACCACAACAGACUUGGACGCAUUCAUCUCGCCGAAUGCACUGCCGUUGGCGGAGAUGAAGGGGGUCGUGACCAUCUACGAGGACCGAAUCUGGAAAACGGGCGAUCACGCUGCCAAGCGACUUCGCGUGCACCCCGACCUCUGUCCCAAUGUGGCCGUUCUCCGACUCUUUCCCUCCAUUUCAGUUGAUGCUGUUCGCUCCUUCUUCAAACCUCCCAUAAAAGGUGCCAUCUUCUCAUACUUCUUCUUCAAUAUCCUGUAUUCAAAAUCUAGGGUCAUUCUCCAGACCUAUGGCGCAGGCAAUGUCCCCUCCAAUUACACAGAACUGAUCGAAGUACUUAAAGAGGCUCACGAAAAGCACAAUAUCAUUCUCUUUAAUGUUACUCAGUGCUGGAGAGGCACUGUUUCUGGUGUCUAUGCCACCGGCGCCAUCCUCAAUACUGUUGGUGCGGUUUCCGGAUGUGAUAUCACCACGGAGGCAGCGUUGAUGAAGUUGGCAUACGUGCUCGGCAAAUGGGAUGAUCCGUCAGCACAAAGACGAAUGCUGGCCCACAGUCUACGUGGCGAAAUGACGGAACCCCUGGUGGAGACCCGUCGACACCGCAACGCCUCCACCCACGCCACCCUCUCCACGACAGGCGCCGCCUCCAUGGACGCGACGGUGGCACUGGGCGAUCUUUUCGUCUCCGCCGACGCCAACAGUCUCUCCUCCGUGUGGUCGCGUCCCCUCUUCAUUUCCUUGAUGUGCGCAGCCGCGGAGGCAGACGAUGUGGACAUGCUAGAACAGCUCUUCCGCAUCGCUGGUCAUUUUGAGUACUACGACCACAGCCGUAUCUACCCACUCCACCUGGCUGCAGGAUCUGGAGCCUACGCAGCCUGUCGCCUGAUGCUGGAGUCCGGCACGAAUCCAAACGUCGUGGAUGCCAGGGGCUACACGCCACUCUCCUUCGCGGUGCGCGGUAACAACUGCACGCCCGCGCUGAUCCGACUGCUCCGGCUGCACAACUGCCAGUUUCCACCGUUGGACUCGGCCAAGGCAAAGGAGACCAACACCGCCGCCAGCUUGGGGCGAAUCCAGCAACUCAGGUUUUACCGUCUCGCUGGUCUGACUUUGCAGGAACUCGAUGCCGAGGGACGUGCCCCGCUUCACACCGCCGUCGCGUAUCACCAGACCGACACGGUCCGCUUUCUGAUCGCUCCAGCCAAGGAGAACUCUAACCCAGUUCUUUACGGAUCCGUGGAAAGUGGAGGCAUGGAAAUGGGGGGUGCGGGGGUAGAUCCAAAUCAGCUCACCGGCUAUGGAAGAACAGCACUUGAAGAAGCUCGCAAGAGGAACUUUAUUGACAUUGUGCAAAUACUGGAAACGCACACGACCGUCUUAAAGAGCUCUAACUAA